AUGUCCACUUCUCCGUCUGUGCCUGUUCAACAAUGGACUGCUCCUAAAGUAUCUCAAAAGACCAAAGACAUUACUCUUGGCUUUGUUAUAGGCGGUCUCGCUGCUUGCGGAGCCGUAACAUUUACUAAUCCCUGGGAGGUAGUCAAAACACGAUUGCAGCUUCAGGGAGAAUUGGUGCGAGCGGGAGCUCUAUCGGAAGCCGCCCGACCUUACCAUAACAGUUUCCAAGCCUUGAAACUGGUGUUUCAGCACGAAGGUUUGAGAGGCAUCCAACGAGGUUUAGGCGUCGCUUAUGUGUAUCAGAUAUGCUUGAAUGGAAGCCGGUUGGGAUUAUACGAACCGAUACGAUCCACCGUCGUCAAUACAUUCGCACUAAAAAGAGAUCAUUCACUGUUGGCAGCUGGUGUGUUUGCUGGAGCAUCAGGGGGCAUAGUGGGAGCCGUUAUAGGUUCUCCACUGUAUUUGAUCAAGACAAGAAGACAGUCUUUCUCGCCCAUCUUCCGUCAAAUCGGUCAUCAACAUAAGAUGGGAUCGUCGUUCUCGACAUUGUUGCAGAUAUACCGAUCGGAGGGGUUCAAAGGUAUCUAUCGAGGAGCGGACGCAGCCAUGGCGCGCGCCGGGCUUGGUUCCGCCGUGCAAAUGCCAAGUUAUAUGAUCGGCAAAGAUAUUCUGAUCCAGAAAUUCGGAUGCCCCGAUACCAUCAAAACCCAUCUCGGUACUUCCAUGUUCACCGGGUUACUAGUAUGUAUUGCUAUGAAUCCUUUCGAUGUCAUCUCGACGCGAAUGUACAACCAGGGAGUGGAUCCAAAAACCGGACGAGGACUUUUAUACAGCAGCCCCGUGGACUGUUUCUUUAAAAUGAUUCGUACAGAAGGUAUAAGGGGACUGUAUAAAGGAUUCUUGGCUCAUUUCCUCCGUAUUGGACCACAUACAACGCUCAUGUUUGUCUUUAUGGAACAGUUAACAACCAUGGGAAAAGCACUGUGUAGAAAUCUCUCAGAAACGUAG